GUGGAUUGUGUGUCAGACAGAGUAAAGGAAUGCCAGAGUGUGGGACAGAUGGAGAGGGGCACAAUCCCUGUGCCUCCCCCUGGAUUGGCUGAUAGUGAUGGUCGCCAUACGGAAUCUACAGAUGAUUGACGACCCCUUCAGUUGAACCAAGCCCCAGGAUGAUCAUGUUGCCCGUCGGCGGUGGCCACUAUCACCACGUCAUGCCUGUGGCUUGUGCCCUCACCUGCUUCUGGCUCCUGCUACUUUUUCAUGCCGUCUUUGGCCAGAAGCCCGCCAAGCUGCCCCUAGUGGGUCGCAAGCCCUUCAUUGCUGCCUGGAAUGCACCGCUGGACCUGUGCACUGUCAAGUACAAUGUCCACACCAACCUGGAACAACUCUUCCACAUCAGUGGCAGCCCGCGGGCCAUCCGCACUGGCCAGAAUGUCACCAUUUUCUAUGCCAAUCGGCUGGGCCUCUACCCUUUUUACACGGACCAGGGCGUCCCCAUCAAUGGAGGCCUCCCCCAGAACUGCAGCCUGGAGGCCCACCUCCUCAAGACGUACAAGGACAUCGUCCAUUUUAUCCCCACGGAGGACUUUGCUGGACUGGCAGUCAUCGACUGGGAGUAUUGGCGGCCUCAGUGGAACCGCAACUGGCACAAGAAGGACAUCUACCGAUGCAAGUCCCGGGAGAUGAUCGCACAGGCCUAUGUCAACGUGACUCCAUCACAAAUCGAGGUGCUGGCACGAAAACGUUUUGAGAGGAGUGGCCAGGCAUUCAUGCAGAGGACAGUCCAGCUAGGGACGCGCCUUCGCCCCAAUGGACUCUGGGGCUUCUACCUCUACCCAGACUGCCACAACUACAACCUGCAUGAGCACAACUACACAGGCUCCUGCCCCCUGCUAGAGAGCCUGCGUAACGACGAGCUGCUCUGGUUGUGGAAUAGCAGCACAGCAUUGUUCCCCUCAGUGGCUAUCAGGAAGAGUCAAAAAGAUAGUGUCAGCAACCUCCAUUUCUCCCAGUUCAGGGUGCUGGAGUCUCUGAGGAUAGCUGGGCUUACCUCGCACGACUUUGAGCUGCCCACAUUUGUGUACACACGCCUAGGGUACAGGGAUGAGGCUAUGGCCUUCCUCACCACGACAGACUUGAUCCACACCAUUGGUGAGAGUGCUGCUUUGGGGGCUGCAGGUUUUGUGAUCUGGGGAGACCUCAACCUCACUUCAUCCAAACACAACUGCACAAAGGUAAAGUCCUUCCUCAAACACCGUCUGGGUCAAUACAUCACCAAUGUGACACGGGCCGCAGAGGUCUGCAGUGACUUCCUGUGCCAGAGCAACGGCCGCUGUGUCCGCAGGGACCUCCACGCCCCGUACUACCUCCACCUGAGCGGAGACAGCUACCACAUUCAGCCCUCGGGGGACGGGGACUUUGCGGUCACGGGCAAGCACUCGCUGCGUGAGCUCCAACUACUGGCCAAGAGAUUCCACUGUCACUGCUAUGAGGGACACGCCGGGGAGAAGUGUGAUAGCCUGAACAAGGUGGUGGCAGAAGAGGAGGAAGAGGAGGGGGGAGAGGCGGAUGAUGGUGAGAAGGAGCAGAGGAAAGUGCCGCUCCACAAACUGGGAACAGCUUUAGCUUGGUGGUGUUGCUCCUUCUAUUGAAUGUCUCCUUUGUGUGACUGGUAUGAUAAUAGCACUUUAAGUGUCUUGUGUUGUUUGGGGUAAUGGAGACAGAGCUUGAAGUCACUUCCAUGGGAAAUGCUAUUACGUAAUGCUGUGCCGUCGUCCUACAGGGUC